CCAUUGUACCAUUAAAAUACCUCAAACAAUAAUAUGCAUAACAAGAUAUCAAGGCAACCUUGUUUCAUCUUCAGUUCAGAUUGUUUAGUAAAUUUAUAAGGAUACAGAACAGACUCAAAUUAAAUGAACAAAGUCGUGAGGAUAUAUCAUUUUGUCCAAAAUUUGCUCUUACUAGCCAAGUUUCAGUGACCAAGUUCUAGUAGUGCAGUCCGAAGUUGUUUGUUAUUUACUUCCCCCAGGCACUUUAUAACCCAACAGUUAAUGACCAUGGAACCUAGCUGCAACAAGUAACUAAAACAAAGUAAAACUACCCUCAGUCAUUAAUUUCAGAAUAGCCACCAGCAGCUAGCAGUCGUCCCUGCAGACAGAUCCACCAAUAAAUCAGCAUUUUACUAAUCAAGACUAAAAGGAAUCUUUAACUGAUAACAAAAAUAUUCAAUAUCAUCCACACAUGCCACCUCACCUCUUACACAUUGGAGAAUAUCAAACACAGCUUGUAGGCUUCUCCAUCACCAAGCCAUAGCUGCCACUGAAGUAGGUUCAUUGAAUCCACAAAGCUUGAAGAAACGGCAUAACUUAGAUUCAUGAGACAACAAGCUAAAGGGAUUCCAUGCCAAAUUGAAAAUCACAAUGCCCUGUGGCUUAUGUGGGAGGCAAUACAGAACCACAUCUUGCAGUUUUACAACAAUAAAAGCCUGCCUUCCAGGCAAAUUCCAAAGUAUCAUUCUACCCCCAACUAACACAUUAACAGCACUAACCCCAUUCACUACAUUAAUAAAGUCUAAGGGCACAUAAUCUGUAGAAAUAAUUCACCAAAUAGUUUUCCACUAAUAUUUCACUAUUGAAUCAACCCUAAACUUUUGAUUGUUGAACAAGUCAAGCACCAUUGCAAUUACUAAAUAGUAUCAACUUGUGACGAGAGGUGAAACAUCCCACAUUAAGUAUUGGAUGAUAAUAUAUAGUGGAAUUAGUUCGUUGUAAUAUAAGGUCAGGUAAGGAUAUUAAAUGGAUAAACAAUUG